AUGCCGCCAAUACGCGCGCUCGAGGUGAUUUAUCUUGAUGAUCCACCGGAUAGGGACCAUCGGAUCUUCUUCCACUUGCUCUUUUCGAUACCUACCGUCGAGCGCGCGUGGUUUGUUGGCAAGGGCACCUAUCAGUGGCCUACAUCGACUACAUCGGUUGAAACUCGAUCCGUGGCCCUGAAGGAGCUUCGAGUUAACCUGCUACACUCUCAACCAAGUGUCAAGGGAUGCCAACUGGAGUGGUUGCUCAAACACUCCAAGGAGACACUGGAGGUCCUUUGUCUCUACGAUCUGAUAUUAGACGAGUCAAUGUCAGAUUUUAUCCUUUCCUAUGCGCCUCGGUUGGUCUCGUUCCACGUCAGUAGUAGCGGUCAUUCCGACCUGGUGCAUUUACCGACUUGGGUCAAGGCCAUGACGCAACUCAAGGAGCUUGUUAUCCGCAAUGACCUGCCGUCAGCGGAUUGCUUUCGCGUCACCACGGAUCUAGUCCGCUUGAUUGCGGCACUACCACCUACACUUGAGCACCUUGGCUUGCAGUGGACGACCAUGCAGCUUUAG